AUUUUUUGAUUUUGAUUUUGAAAAAAAAAAUAUAUUUCCAAACGACUCACAAUUAAUUGAUUGAUCAGUAUGACAGAGAAAUUAAUAUUCUAUGGAUCAUUGGCAUACAAUGUUGUUAUGAAUAAAUUCAAUAUCCGUAAAUGGUAUGAUCGUAUUGAUCAACAUGUAUUAUUAGGUGCAUUACCAUUACGUGGACAAUUUCCUAAAAUGCUAGUACGACAAGAAAAUGUACGAGCCGUUAUAUCGUUGAAUCAGGAUUUUGAAUUAAAUUAUGUAUCAUUAUCAAAUGAAGAAUGGCAUAAUUUAGGUGUUGAAUUUUUACAAUUACCCACCAAAGAUUUUGUUGAAGUACCAAGUUUAGAUAAUCUUCAUAAAGGUGUACAUAUGAUGAUGCGUAUCGUUGAUCAGGCUAGUCGUCAACAGCAACAACAACAACAACAGCCAAUAUCAAAUAAUGAUCCAACAACAACGACAUUGUCACCUAAACCAAGUAUCUAUGUACAUUGUAAAGCUGGCCGUACACGUAGUGCAACAUUGGUCGCUUGUUAUCUAAUAAUGGCAUAUAAUCUAUCGCCAGAAAGUGCCGUGAAUUUUAUUCGUGAUAAACGACCACAUAUUUAUCUUUCAACAAAACAUUUAGAAAUGAUACAAUUAUUUCAACGUUCAUUGAAUCUUCUUUUUAUUCGUGACAAACAAAAAAUGAACACGAUAAAUGAAAUCACUAAAAACGGAACGGAUGUAAAACGAAUUCAUGAACCAAUUCUUUUGGUCAUGACAAUCAUAAUGUUUAUCAUAUUUUUAACAUUAUUAUUCAUCUGUAUCCAUCAAAUUGAUCGUAAACGUGAAACAAAUUAUCGUCGUUUUAUUGAACAAUCGAAUCGUUUCUAUAAGAUGAAUGAAUCGAUUGUAUCGAAAAAUUGUCAUGAAUAUCCACCAAUAUUACGGAAACAACAAUUAAAUCAGCUACGUACGAAUAAUUGUCUUUUUCAAUAAUUAAAAAAAAAAU